GGCAGCGGGCGUGAGGAGCCGGCUCCGGGCGCCACCCCGGGGUGCUCUCGCUAGGGCGCUGGCCGUUGGGCGGCGCGGGGUGACCGCUGGCCGGCAGCGGGAGCUGCGGCGGGGCCGGUGCGUCCCGCCCGAGGGCGGCUCUGGCUGAGGGCGGAGGGGCCGGGGGACAGCCCGGGGCAGCGGCCGAGACGGCACGGCGGCAGCAGAGCCCGCUGCCCCCGGACGCCCCCGGAGACAUGCUGGCAGAUAACCUGGUGGAGGAGUUUGAGAUAGAGGAUGAGCCGUGGUACGACCACCGGGACCUCCAGCAAGAUAUUUGUUGCGCUAGAUCUCCAGCUUGCUGCUGAACUUGGAAAGACGCUGCUGGAUCGGAACACAGAGUUGGAGGAGUCUCUUCAGCAGAUGUACACAACCAAUCAGGAGCAGCUACAGGAAAUUGAGUACCUGACCAAACAGGUGGAGCUCCUGCGGCAAAUGAAUGAGCAGCACGCAAAAGUUUACGAGCAGUUAGAUGUCACAGCAAGAGAACUGGAAGAGACCAACCAGAAGCUUGUGGCUGAGAGCAAAGCCUCGCAACAGAAAAUCCUAAGCCUGACGGAAACAAUUGAAUGCUUACAAAACAACAUUGAUCACCUCCAGAACCAAGUGAAGGAGCUGAAAUCUUCCAGCCAAGAAAGAGAGAGGCAGAAGACAUGUGACCAGGAGAAACCAGCACCCAGCUUCUCCUAUCUGAAAGAGCUGUAUGACCUCCGCCAACACUUUGUAUAUGACCACGUGUUUGCUGAGAAGAUCACUUCCUUGGAAAACCAACAAAGCCCCGAAGAAGAAGAAAACAAGCACCUGAAAAAGACAGUGACGAUGUUGCAGGCCCAGCUGAGCCUAGAGAGGAAGAAGCGAGUAAGCGUGGAGGCAGAGUAUAAGGUGGUACUGAAAGAGAACAGUGAGCUGGAGCAGCAGCUGGGUGCCACAGGUGCCUUCCGAGCCCGGGCACUGGAGUUGGAGGCUGAGGUGGCCGAGAUGCGGCAGAUGCUGCAGGCAGAGCACCCUUUUGUGAAUGGGGUUGAGAAGCUGGUGUCCGACUCUUUGUUUGUUACUUUCAAGGAGCCCAGCCAGAGCCUGCUGGAGGAGUUGUUCCUAGCUGCUCCAGAAGCACAAAGGAAACCACUCAAGCGCAGCAGCAGUGAGACAGUGCUCAGCAGCAUGGCAGGGGGUGACAUUGUGAAGGGCCACGAGGAGACUUGCAUCAGGAGAGCUAAGGCUGUGAAGCAGAGGGGCAUCUCCCUUCUGCAUGAAGUGGACACUCAGUACAGUGCCCUGAAAGUGAAGUAUGAAGAGCUACUGAAGAAGUGCCAGCAGGAGCAGGACUCACUGUCACACAAGGCCGUCCAGACCUCUAGGCUGCUGGCCAGGGACCUGACAGGACUGGUAACCCCGUGUGAGGCUGGAGCCAGUGGCUGGGAACCCACCCCUGUCACCCCAGAGCCCACCACUUCCCCCACCACUACACCUCCAGAAUACAAAGCACUAUUUAAGGAGAUAUUUAGUUGCAUUAAGAAAACAAAGCAGGAAAUAGAUGAACAAAGAACAAAAUACCCAUCUCUCUCCUCUUACUCUUAACGAGACCUCCAGUUCUGAUCUGUUUGUUUUCUCUCCCACCUCCCAUUCAGACACAUAAGCGCAAUUUCAAAAGCUUGAUGUUGCUAAAGGUAUCUGCCUCAUUGCUUUGCUUAAUCGGCAAAAGCAGGAAGCAAGGUGGCUGGCAGUGUUUAUCUCAUGAUAAACUGGCCUUUGGUUGGUGCACUGAUUAUCUGAUUUCCAGGAAAAGCCCUGGAACCAGUGGAGGGGGAUCCAUGUAAAUGGGGUAGGCUACAGUACCUACAGUGUGGGGCAAAGGACAGAACUGGAACAAAACUAAGGCUGUUCCUAUAGCUUCCAUACUCAGCUUUCAAACUACUUGGAACUCCAAGGUCUGUUUAAAUAAAAAUGCUUUUCACAGACAUUCCAAAGAAUGUUGGAAAAGCAGAAAUUAAUCUGAAGCAGAUGGCAUUAACAAGCUUCUUAAACCCCUGAGUUUUGUUGUGUCUGCUGCCAGUUGAACAAUGACUGACAGGUAAUCCUAAUACUUAAAAAUUUAAAUGAAUACCAGUUGAAGUGACAAGUUUUGGUUUGACUAAUGCCUGUUGGUAUGUGCCCAGCAUUCGGCUGUUUUACUCAGAGGCAGGCAUGUAGUAUUUUGUUUUCAAAUCUCUUAGAUGUGAUCAGCGCUGACCACUUGGCAGCCACAAGCUGCUCCUACUCAGUUCUUAAUUCCUAGACUUGCAGACGUUCCUGUCUACUUCAUUACACAGUAUUGAUGUUCUGACUGUGGAAACUUUCUCUCACUUGUAUACUUUUAAUUUAAAAAUAUUUAAGAGAACCAUGGUUCUGAUUGUUGUAUAUAUUUUUCUAGAAGCUGAAUAAAGCUAUCUAUGAAUGUGAACAAA